AUUCCAGCAUCUGCAGGUUUUUGUGUCUAAUCUGGAUGGGUUUUUGCAGCUGACAUUUCAACAUUUCCUGAAACUUUUCCAGCAUCGACAGGAUUUUGCUUUUAUUUCACUUUUACUGGCGCAAAGAUCUGAAUCCCUGGCAAUUUGUUUGCUUGAAAUAGAGCUCUCUGAAACCUGCAAUUUAGUGUGGGACUGGAACAGGGAAGAAAGUCGGCAGAGCUGGUCUCUCAGCGUCUAAUCCUCGCUCUGUAAAUGCUACAGCUCUUCGCUCCUCCUCCUCUGGACCUGACCUCACAGAAACUCUCCUCCCCGGAGCCUCAAACUACAACUACAGAAGUGAGGACGCCAGCUGGAUAGGAUUCCGGAACACAGACACAGGCACAGAGAAGGAGAAUAAACCCAACUCCCGGAGUUAACAUCAAGAGCAGGAAAAGAUGUUGGUGUUUGGUUAUGCUGAUGGAUCUGGUUCACCCUCUGUUAAAUAAGAGCAGGCUGAAGACACAGAAUUACUAUGGCAUCACUCAGUGAAGAGGAGGGUGACAUUGGAGACUGGCUGGCCACCAUCCACUUGGAGAAAUACAGAGAAAAUUUCAUCCAGAAUGGGUUUUACACACCCAAGGACUCUAUCCAUUUUAACAAUGAAUCUCUUCUUCAGAUUGGUAUCAAAGCCACUGGGCAUCGGAAACGCAUCUUAAAACUUGUACAACAGCGAAGUCUGACCCCUACAGAUGAGCUUUUGAGCACCACCUCUGACGAGCUUGAUGGUGAUAGAGAUCGAAUGUUGGAGAGAUCAAGAGCUGAUGGUGAUGGGAAAGAUAAUUUAAAUGUCAUUGAUGCUGAGCCAGAGGAACCAGUGAUAAAGCCUAUUCCCAAGCCUCGGACAUUGUUCAAUAAAAAUUCUUCAACACCCAAACAUCAAGCAACAACAGGAUCAGCAUCGGGACAUAAUUCUAAUCUGGUUCUGCCACUGGAAGUAUUUACUCCUGCUGAAAUAGCUGGAGAUAAACCUGAUUUGACAGAGAGGCAAUACUCAUCAAGUGAUGAAAAUGCAGUUUGGACUCCAUCAGAGGAAGUGGUUCCCAAGGCAGAGGAGAAUAUUCCCCCAGUUCCACCACGAAGUAAUCGGGGGAAACCUCCUGCCUGCUUUAUGCCAAAUACAACAACCUCCUUUGAUUCCGACCAGUCUGGGACACAGUCUAUACCUUCUAUGUCCAAGCCUGCUGAAAACCUGAAGGACAUGCAGUUUCUUUCGAGUUUUUCUUCACACUCCCUACCCUUGAUGUCUUUAGCGGACACAACAUUUGCAGGAGAAAUGGUUUCCAAUGAACUUUACACAGAAGUGGCAACCUCACCUGAGAGGAACCGGAGUCAAUCCUUUUCUGUUUCAACAGGGAAGUCAUUAAGCAGGAGGCCAGUCCCAGAACUACCGUCCAUGUUGACCAGACCAGAUAUAACAACACUUCCACCAAGGAAAAGGCAUUAUGAAAUGGACUCUGCCCAGAAAUCAUUUCAGAUGAAAGGUGAAAACACAAUGGCUUACUCUACAAUAGGGGAGAUUCCAACAAACAGCCCCAGCACCACUGAACCUUCAUUGUAUUUCACUGAAGAGUCUGAAGAUGAUCAAACAAUAUCACCCUACGCAAGCUUCCAUGCUGCACCUGAGCAAGGAAAAAGCAUGAAAUGUGAUUGGUUAGAGAAACUCUCACCACAAGGAAGUUGCGUAUUCCAAAGACGUUACGUGAAAUUUGAUGGGAAGUGCCUGAUGUAUUUCGGCAAUGAAAAGGAUCCAUACCCUAAAGGAGUAAUCCCUUUGGCAGUUAUACAAAUGGCAAGAGCAGCAAAGGAAAAUAAAUUUGAAGUAGUCACAAGCCACCGAAUAUUUGUUUUCAGGGCAGAAAAUGAAGGACAGAGAAACGAAUGGUGUACACACUUGCAGAAUGCUGUCAAAGAAUAUCAUUUCUCCUCCUCUCGUCGCGUUGGAUCAAUGGCCUUCUACCAGAAGUACAGUUGCCUGGAGAUGAAGGGAUACAAAUCGAAAGUGUAUGGUGCCCUCUGUACUGACAUCUUGUGGCUGUACAAAAAUGAGCAGAGUUUUAAAUCUGGGAUUGGAAUCACAAUGAUUGGAGUACAGGGAUCUACGAUUCGUGAUGUUAAUCGUAAAAGUUUUGAGAUAAUUACUCCUUUGAAAACUUUCAGUUUUACAGCAGAAUCUGAACGAGAGAAGAAAGAAUGGAUUGAGGCACUUCAGGACUCGAUUGCUGAAACUCUGUCUGACUAUGAAGUGGCUGAGAAGAUCUGGUCUAACAAAUCAAACAAAGCAUGUGCGGACUGCAAAGCACAGAAUCCUGACUGGGCAUCCAUUAACCUUUGUGUUGUUAUCUGUAAGAGAUGUGCAGGUGAACAUCGGGGCUUAGGAACAAACAUUUCAAAAGUACAGAGCUUGAAACUUGACACAAGUAUAUGGAGCAAUGAAAUUGUACAGCUUUUCAUUGAUUUAGGGAAUGAAAAAGCGAAUCAGUUCUGGGCUGCACGGAUGACUCCAGGAGAGGAGUUGGAUACAGAUGCCACAACAGAGAAGCGGAAGGAAUUUAUUAAAUUAAAAUAUAGAGAUGGCACUUUCAGAGGACCUCAUCUUAAGUUUGCAACACAAGAUGAACUGAUUAAGGCACUUUGUUCAGCGGUAAACAGUUCCAACAUCCUGCAGACAGUGACUCAGAUCUUCUCUGAAGCAGGCAGAAUGAGUUUUAUUGACACGGAUGCCUGUGAAACAUUUUCUCUGUCUCCCCAAAGCCCGACCUAUCCAACUGGAGUGCAGCAUCCAUCAUUGAGGACCUUAGGUGCCAGGGUCUGUGAUGUCUCGAAUCGUGUCUUUGGCUUCAUGAAGGGAGAGGGUGACCAGCUCCAAGUCAUGGUCCACGCAGAAAUUCUAAAUUCCAACUCUAUGGUUUCAAUGGGUAUUUACAGUGAGAUCACACAAUCUGUAUUGCAUUGCGGAUACCUAUACAAGACAUCAGCCAUGACAAAACUACCCAGCAGCAAGAAAUGCAAAGAUGAAUUCCAGAAGCAGUGGUGCUCUUUGGACAGGUCCCUUCUUUUCUACGAAACAGAUAAAAGUACUGAACCAAUUGGGACAAUUAAAAUGAAUGACAUUGUUUGUAUUGGAGUGAGCAGACCACAAUCACUAGCCAACUCUGGCCCUACAGACAGGUUUCGAUACACAUUCGAAAUUUUUCUCACUUCAGAAAAGCUUUUUCAGUUUGGCACAGAUAACCCUGACAGCCUACAGAUGUGGACAAGUUCCAUUGCAAAGGGCUUUACUGGUUUGAGUUUGCAUAGCUUUUUGAAUUGUCAAUUUGAUCGCAUUGGAAAACUACGUUAUAAAUCCAUGCAAAAUCCUGGACAAUGGCAGGAGGGCUGGUUCAUACUUAAUAAAUCCAACCUGAAAUUCUGCUCAGAAGAGGGUGGAUUGGAGGAAGAGAUUGUUAACCUCAAGAGACUCCAAGAACUGACUUUCACUAUUCUGAAUGAAAACAGUGAGAAGAAGGAAGUUUUAAGGCUGGUUGAUAAGGAAAGAACAUUGUACCUGCACGGAGUGACACGUCUGGAUUAUUCAGUUUGGUGUGGUGAUAUUCAGAGAGCUGCAGGCAGCCGAGGAAAUGCCCUUAGUGAUCAACAGCUCAGCAGGAAUGACAUCCCCAUCAUUGUUGACAGCUGCAUUGCCUUCAUCACCCAAUAUGAGAUGCAGCUUCUUGAAAACUGCAUUAGGGAACUGGAGCUCGAGCUAGAUGAAGUCCGGAUCAUUCAGGAGGCAGAGGGGGUUAUUGAGAGGAGUUACAAGGAGGUGGUCACACUUCAGGUGCAAGAAGAAGAGAUUACCCACAAAUCCCAGCGACUAAAACAGUACAAAGAAAUCAUUCGUGAACUCCCAAGGGUUAACAGAAUGACUCUCGCUGCUCUGAUUGGUCACCUUUACAGAGUCCAAAAAUGUGCUGACCUGAACCAGAUGUGCACCAAGAACCUGUCAUUACUUUUCGCACCCAGUUUAUUUCAGACAGAUGGGAAAGGGGAGCAGGAAGUCCGAGUGGUUGAAGACUUGAUUGAUAACUAUGUGUCAGUGUUUGAUAUUGAUGAUGACCACGUGACUCAAAUGGAUUUGGAAAACAGCUUAAUUACGACAUGGAAAGAUGUCCAGCUCUCCCAGGCUGGUGAUCUUAUCAUGGAAGUAUAUGUUGAGACAAAGGCAACAGACUGUUGCAUGACACUCAAGGUUUCACCUACAAUGACAUCGGAGGAACUAACAAAUCAAGUGCUAGAUCUGAAGAACAUAUCAUCUGGAGAAAAGGAGGUCUGGGUUACCUUUGAAGCUAUUGAAAAUGGUGAACUGGAACGCCCACUCCACCCAAAGGAAAAGGUUCUGGAGCAAGCUCUCCAAUGGUGUAAGCUAGCAGAGCCCAGCUCAGCCUAUCUGGUUGUCAAAAAGCUCCCUGCAGGAGAAGGAGGAAAUCUUUAUUCAGCAAUUAAAAGUGAAGCUCCAAAGUGUGGGAUGUUGAAGUGUCGAGAAGAGCCACCAAAACUUCUGUCUGGAAACAAGUUUCAGGAGCGGUAUUUUGUUUUACGAGACCGUAAGCUGCUUCUUUUUAAGGAUAAAAAGAGCUCCAAGCCUGAACGGGAAUGGUCUGUUCUCUCACUGAAGGUUUACCUGGGCAUUAAGAAGAAGCUGAAGGCACCAACAGUGCAGUGGGGAUUUACUAUAUGCUCAGAUAAGCAGCAGUGGUUCUUGUGUUGUUCAGGGCAGUCGGAGAUGUGGGAUUGGACAGCCAGUAUCCUUCGAGCUCAGCACGAUGAUCUACGGCCUGCAAUUCUGAGGCGUCAUUCAUCAUCUGAUGUAUCCAAGCAGAAAUUUGGAACCAUGCCACUCAUUCCAAUUCAUGGGGAUGACAGCAAUGCCAUGAUGUUGUCAGCAAACCAAACACUGGAUUUGUACCACUGUUUACCACAUGAUCUGGACCAUGAAAACCAUUGGACUAUCUUUUCACAAUCCCAUACAUCCUGA